UUCAAAACAUGGUCAGCGUUGGAGGCUUGGAUAAUGUCAAUAGGUUGCCACCGGUGGGCACCGUGACCAGCAGAACGGCUUUGGCUAUACGCAACUCGACAAUAAUAGCACAUCGAUUGUCCAUCUAUUUGCCGCAGCUUCUGCUGCCCUCGAGGGAUCCACAAGAGCUCAUCAUGGAAAUCAAUUGUUAUGUGUCACAAUUUCGGGAGCUGCUCAUCUGCAUUGGGCAAUCGCGAGAUUCACCAGAGCUGCGCGAGAAGAUUCGGCGGCUGCGUCGGAGCUGUGUGGAUGCGUGCAAGCAGACGGCACAUUUAAUUACCCCUCAGCCUCGACAUUGUCUGGAUAGUCCCAGUGAGUGGGUGCAUCUCUCACUGCUGUUCCAUUUGACUCAACUAUUCCGACAUGAGCUAAUCAAGAGUCAUCGUCUCAUACAGCUCGUGCCCUGCGACAUGACCGACUACUAUACACCCACACGUACGGCACCAUCCAAUCUGGGCAAUGUGAUUAGCCAGAUAUUGUUGUGCAAGCAAAUCAGUCCAGAUUUUCAGCAGGAGGAACUGUGCAGCAUCAGCAAGGAUGCACAGGAGUUGAAUGAACUGCUCGACGAGCUGCAAACCCAUUUGCCCAACUCAGAGACAAUCGACGAAGCAGCGCACACCGAUGGUAAGCUGAUGGCCUCUCUGAAUGCACCGUCAGCCUGGUACACACUACAUCGUAGUCGCAGCUUCCUCAGUCGCAGUCGCAGUCUCUGCUGUUGCUUUAAGCCUUCCCAAGCGAAUUAA